CGUCCGUUCUGUACUUGAAUUGAAAACAGCAGACGAUUUGCAGUUGGAAAAUGCCUUUUUUGUAGGGUUGAUUGAGAAGUGGACCUCCCUUCAAAGUCAAGCCAUGGCAGCCAAAGAUAAAUCCUCCACCACCAAAGUAAAGGAGUUGCUGAAGGAUCUUGGCAAACCAACCCUGCGUGGUGUUAAGAAAUGUCCCAGCUGUGGAUUCUACAACGGGAUCAGAGGACUGAGCUGCAAAAACAAAGCCUGCAACAUGGUCCUCCGGGGGGCAGGGCGGAAAAAAGGGCAUAGUGCAGAUGCUGUCAAGAUCAUGACAGGCUCUACUGUUCAGGUCUUCUCAGUGAGACUCCGGGACCGGGGACCAGAUUAUAGGGGUUUUGUAGAGUUACCCUUACACCCGUUGAUGGAUUUGCAGGGACAAGUGUUACAGGGGACCCGCUGCUACGUUGACCUUUGUCAGAAACCAACAGACCCCAUCGCUGCCACAACUGAAAUUGUACAUUGCAACCACCUUAGACUGGCCCUUGAGAGUGAGACAGAAGCCACCCCCUUAACUCUGAAAAACUAUGUCCUGAACUCUCUGCCGGUGUCGAAUGAGAUCAAGCAGGCUAUAUGGCUGCUGGCGACAGAGACCACAGGCCCCGUUGUCCAGAGAGUCAGUAAGAAUGUCAUGGUCGUCAAGUGUAAGAUCCAGCCCAAGAACCUGCUGGGCUUCCUCCACUUCUCGUUUUCGGAGAGCCAGCGUAAGAACGGCACUGUUGAGCACAAGUUCCAAUGCACCUGUCGACAAUUUAGAAACUUUCGAGCAGCCCCUGGAGAGGAGUUAAAACGGCGCUGUGUACAUUUCUACGCAUGCAUCUGUGCGUUUGCAAGUGAUGAGGCAUUGGCUAAAGAAUUUGAUUUUUUCAUCAACUUGGAUUCAGUUGAAUCAAUAACUGUAAUUAGUGAACCACUCCAACUGGACCAGGUUGUAGCAGAGGAAAACAAUCCAAACCUGCUCAUCAAGAUUCAACGCAAGGAUGACAUGUUAGCCCAAGCAAGCAGUGCCCUCCUUACCCUCCAGGAGAGUGCAGCCUCUCCUACCAAGAAGCAGGCCACAAAGAGGGGGCAGUUUAUGCCCCCAACGACACCCAGUAAGGUUCAGGUUACACCACCGGAUGGUGAGAACUCCUCCAUCGGUUUUACCCGGUGGCUGGCGAGUGUCACGGAACGGAUCAACCAAACAAUGCAUUACCAGUUUGAUGGUCGGCCAGAACCGUUGGUUUUCCACGUACCCCAAGUGUUCUUUGAGCUCCUGCAGCAGCGUAUUUCCAGUGGCAGCAAGAAGAAGCGACUGCCUAACGCAACGACGGCAUUCAUCAGAAAGGACGCCCUCCCACUAGGAACCUUCUCCAAGUAUAUGUGGCACCUCACAAAUGUCUUACAAGUCAAGCAGAUAUUUGAUACGGAAGAGAUGUUACUGGAGAUAACCCGUAGUUUUAUUGAGAACAGUGAUGGUACCUACACCCUGAGUCCCACCCCGUCACGGCUUGACCAAGACCCCUCAGCCUACAGAAAGGUCAAUGGCCAAGUACCCAUCAAACCGUUUGAGCUGAAGACCUAUCUAAAAGUUGGUCACACCUCACCAGAUAUGACCGAGCCCACGCCCUUCAUCAUAGAGUGGAUCCCAGAGAUUCUACCCGUCACCCAUAUAGGUGAGCUCCGUAUCAAAUUUGAGUACGGCCACCAACGUAACGGACACGUGGAGAAACGACUCCCUGGUACCAAGACGAGUUUGGGACAGCAGACAACGAUAACAAUAUUAUGAAGAAGAAGUUGGGCGUGCAUCGUGGUGGUCAGUAGCCAGGAUCAAAACUGAAUGGUAUUUUAUGCGCCUUUACUUUGAAUUUUUUCAUUCCUCUGCGUGUUAAUCAUUUCCUGAAGGUCUUCAACAAAAUCUUUACCUUGCCUUUACAUGGUAUUUUUAAGUGUUUGAGCUGAAGCCGGAAGUACCUCUUGUUUUUGUUCAAUUUUGUGUUGCUUUGUCUUGUACCCUACCUUUAGCCUGGAUAGCUUCAGGAGAAGCUAUUCGAAUGCACCCAAUGUGAUGCUGGUCAUUACAAGAAAGUAAGAGUCGUUAAGUACAGCUCUUCGUUAAGUACAGCUCUAGUAACAAAAACUUCAAAAUUCUUAAAUGGGAAGUGACUCAAAGUAUGUCACGAUGACAUUCACGCACAGACAAAUUAAUAGAACAUUUUCUGUUUCAUCUUUGGUUUAAUGUUGUGACAUUGAUAAAUUAGUGGAGAAAUUUGUAUGACUUCUUGGACCUGGUGUUGGAGGCCUCUUUAUCUUUAUUGCGUGUGCUAAUUAAAAGAUAUUUAUCUCUGUAAAAUGAAAUAUACCGUCAUUAACAAAAGGUUGGGGCAGCCUGAAUCCAAGUAUACAAUUAUGUAUUAUUUUUAAAGAGAUAUCGCCCAACAUUAGUUGUGAGGCUGAAAAGCCACUUUAAGGUGAGGGCUACACUUAGCUGAUUUGGUUUGAGUCGGCAUGGAUAUCAUUCCCUAGCUGGUAUAGCAGAACUUCCCAAAAUCUUACAAAGCAAUUAAUGCUGGUGGGCACAAGUGUCAUGAGCAGGAUUCGAACCCUCACGCUGCUGCUGCUGUCAACACUGUGCAUUGGUCAAAAACAUCCUGUCAUGUUGUCAUUUUGAACGUCUAUUUAUCAAAUCUGACCCCUUGUGAACUCUCAUUUUUAGUCCCUUUUCAAACUUUUUAUUUGUUAGUUGAACCUAGACUCAAACAUUUUCAAUACUGAAAUUAUAAGCCAAUAUGUAUUUUUUCCACAACUAGACAGAGACGGCAGAUUGGAUGUUAAAGGACUGACUGAGAUUGUCAAUCCUUAUUGUAAAAAAGUGUACAUAAUGAUAAAAUAUUGUUCUGCAUAUACUGUAUAGAAAGAAAGUACAUGUAAAAACUUGAGAACAUUUGCACUUGCGUUGGCAGGUAUUGAAUAAAUCUGGUCAACUACUGAAGUAUCUGUAAAGCCUUUGUGUGGGUAUUUUUGUUUUACUUCACUGUCCUUAAAACCCUUUAAAGCCUUUGUGUGGGUAUUUUUGUUUUACUUCACUGUCCUUAAAACCCCGAAGGGUUAUGCCAGGCAUCACAAUAAUCAUCACCAUUCGGAAAAGACUUUUCGGCCGUGGCUACCUCAUCCUCCGAUUGUAACAGGGAUCCAUCCGUAGAGUCGCCGCCAUCACCUGCAUUCCUUCAAUCAUUGCUAUUCUCAGCUCUUGCACACUUCUACUACUCCACUUUGUCACAUUGUCUAUCAAGCACAGCUUAGGGCAAUGUCUGCCAUGACUUGUACCCAUAGGCAGACUAUAGAUGCACCAGCCCAUGCAUGCGUGUGGGUUGGUUUACACUCGUCAUUCCGGGGACCUAUAAUAUAAACCUCCUCGAUUAGAAAGUGUGUACACAACCAGUUGGAGAUGUUGCUCAAAAUUCAGUGUACAAAUAAAAGAGACACAAUAUUAAUCAAUUUUGGCAAGAAUUAAAAUGAUAUUUUAUUAAAAAAACUUUUCCAAAUAUACACACAAUUAGAUCUGAACUCAUAAUCUUAAAUAAAUGUCUCUAUUGAUAUUAACUAUUACUGUGUAAAAACUAUUUCUGUCAAACAAUUUUUUUUCUAAAGGGGGUUUGUUGGUUAUGAACCCUCAAAUUAAAACGAACCAACUUUACUGAAAUAGUAUUCCAUGAAGUUGUGUGGCUUAUAUUUGAACCCUUUUUAAAGUAUAAUAAACUGUUGAUUUUUCAUUCUCAUUUCCAUUCUGUCCUGUAAACAAAAUUUUGGUCCAGUACAUACUUUUGAGUUGUGGUCUUGUG